CGCCGGGGCGGGCGGGGCGGCGCGGAGGCGCGGCGGGGCGCCCGGGAUUCCCCGCGGAGCUGCGCGGCCCGGGGUUCCCAGUCCUCAGCCCGCUCGUCGCCGGCCCCGCAGAGUCCGCCGCGCCCUCCGCGGGAGAGCCCCGGUCCCACCCGGCGCCUGCUCCCAGCGCGGCGGGGCCCCCGCGCCCAGGCCCCGCGGACGCGCCGCCGCUCCCUCUCGGCCCCCGCCGCGCCCACCCCGGGAAGCUCCGAGGCCCGGCCGUGGAGGAGGUCAAGGCCACGGCGGGGAAGAUGUACCAGAGCCUGGCGCUGGCCCCGAGCCCCGGCCAGGCCGCCUACGCCGACUCCGGGGCCUUUCUGCACGCGCCAGGUGCCGGCUCCCCGGUGUUCGUGCCGCCCGCGCGCGUCCCCUCCAUGCUGCCCUACCUGCCGGCGUGUGAGCCGGGCCCGCAGGCCCCGGGGCUGGCCGGGCACCCCGGCUGGGCGCAGGCGGCGGCCGCAGACUCAUCAGCCUUUGGCUCCCGCAGCCCGCACCCACCGGCCGCUCAGCCGCCCGGAGCCACCGCCUUCCCCUUCCCGCACAGCCCCCCGGGGCCCAGAGGCGGUGGCGGCGCAACGACCCGGGACGGCGGCGCCUACCAGGGCGCGCUGCUGGCCCGCGAGCAGUACCCCGCCCCGCUCAGGCGGCCAGUGAGCGCCUCCUACCCGACUGCCUACCCGGCCUACGUGAGCACCGAGGUGGCCCCGUCCUGGACCCCUGGACCCUUCGAAGGCAGCGUCCUGCACGGUCUCCAGAGCCCCCCUGCUGGCCUCCCCAGCCGCAGAGCCUCCUUCGUGUCUGACUUCUUGGAAGAGCUCCCCGGCGAGGGUCGCGAGUGCGUCAACUGCGGGGCCCUGUCCACACCGCUGUGGCGUCGCGAUGGCACCGGCCACUACUUGUGCAAUGCCUGUGGCCUCUACCACAAGAUGAAUGGCGUCAACCGGCCGCUGGUGCGCCCACAGAAGCGCCUGGCCUCAUCCCGCCGCGCGGGCCUCUGCUGCACCAACUGCCGCACGACCACGACGACGCUGUGGCGGCGCAACGCGGACGGGGAGCCAGUGUGCAACGCCUGCGGCCUCUACAUGAAGCUUCACGGGGUGCCGCGGCCCCUGGCGAUGAAGAAGGAAAGUAUCCAGACGCGGAAGCGGAAACCCAAGGGCGUUGUGAAGACCAAGAGCUCUUCGGGAUGCCCAGCAAACAGCACAACCUCGCCGCCUUCCGUCCCGGACCCUGAAAACCCAGCAGCUGCUUUGAAACCCAAACCCAGCCUGGCGUCCCCUUCAUGUCCUGGGUCCAGCGUCGCCUCCCAGGCCUCCAUCCAGGCAGACGACCCCCUGGCCCCCAGCCACUUGGAGUUCAAAUUUGAGCCCGAGGACUUUGCCUUCCCAUCCACAGCCCUGGGCCCCCAGGCUGGCCUUGGUGGGGCCCUGCGCCAGGAGGCCUGGUGUGCGCUGGCCUUGGCCUAGGUCCCCGGGCACCCAACAGACCCAUCUCACUGCCCGUUGGGGUCCAGCACAGUGGAGAGAGCUCACUGGGCCCACCCACCAGAAGAGACAAGCGAGUGGGACCUUGAGGCUCUGGGCAACCCUCGCCACGGUGAGGGGGAGGCCUCUGUACA